CCGGGCACUUGUGGCCGCCCCGGGAAGUUGUGCUGGGAGUGCUGCGAGUGCCGAGCCGAGCCCGCCGCCGAUCCCGCCAUGUCGGGCUCCUCCAACGUGGCGGCCAUGAAGAAGGUGGUGCAGCAGCUGCGCCUGGAGGCCAGCGUGACCCGCGUGAAGGUUUCUCAAGCUGCAGCUGACUUGAAGCAAUUCUGCCUGCAGAAUGCGCAACACGAUCCCCUACUGACGGGAGUAUCAUCAAGUACAAAUCCAUUCAGACCCCAGAAAGUUUGUUCCUUUUUGUAAUUAUGUGAACUACUUCAGUAUCUUUCAGUGAUCUUUUAGCAUCUUUUCCUACCUGCUGAUGUGUGUAUGGGCAGAGUGCCUCAAGGAGUGGCCUGGUUUGAAGUCUGUAAAAAAGCUUAGCUUUAACGUGCCAAAUCUAACUCUAAAAGUGCUACUGUCGUCAAACUUCUUACCAUCUACCUCUCCAGAUGAACUGUAUGCUAGUUACGUACUUCUGUUUCAUACGGGAAUCACUUUUAUAUGCCAAGCAAAAAAUAAAAGUUUCUUGACUUA